AUGGCAGGCCUUAACUGUGGCGUGAAACUGCUUCUCGAUAAACGAUACCACGAAGCUGUUGCCACCUUCACCUCUUUGUUGGGUCGACUGAGGGCACAGAGGUCUUGCAUGGAGGACGAGGAGGGUCAAGCUUCUUUUGAUCAAAAAGAUGAACACCAAUGGGUGCACUUCUUGCAUCCCAUCCAGAGACAAGAUUUGAAUGAUUCAGAGUGCUUUAUCUUUGCCAGCCCCCUGAUCAUUGUGGAUUGCCCUACAGCGUCCACGAAGCCGCCCUCCAAUCUGACUCUUUCCUUGAUGACAGUGUACAAUCUGGCGCUCACCUAUCACUUGGGUGCAACAGAGACCAAGCCAUGUGACAGUAUCUUCCGGAAGGCGUUGUCUUUCUAUCAGUUGGCACAUAACAUCCAACAAGUGCCCAACGAUCUGGGUAACGACAUCAGUACGUUGCUCAGUAUCGGUAUCUCCAACAACAUUGGGCACAUUCAUGGAUACGUUGGUCACCAAGACAAGGCAACCCAGUGCUUCCAACAUCUUCUCAACACCAUCAUGUAUGUUACUGGCUGUGGCUGGACAAGUCAGAAAGUUCCUCAGAUUGAUGGUUUCCUUCACAAUGUGCAAAGCUGGGUUUUGAAGCAGCAACCAGCACCAGCUGCAUGA